CCACUCGUCUGUCUUUUCUCCACCAAAGAGACCGUGCCUCUGUGACUGUGAGUGGAGUGGCUAGCUGAGACGAGAGGGAGAGAGUUCCAACUUCCAACAGACGCCAUGGCCUGCUCAGCUCCUGCCAUUCUCUCUUCAAACCCUAGCGCCUUCUCCUGCAAAUCUAAGAUGCCCCUGGCAUCUAUUUUCCCUUCGAAGCCAUUCUCCCAGACCCUAACAAUUGCUAAGAGUUUCAAUGGUCUCAGGAAACCUUUCCAAUCCCGCGUAUCUCGACCGUUCUCUACUCGCAGCUCUUCUUCGAGGAGGAACUUCGUCGUCAAUGCUUCUAGUGAACUUCCAUUGGUUGGAAAUCUGGCACCUGAUUUUGAAGCAGAAGCCGUCUUUGAUCAGGAGUUCAUCAAGGUGAAAUUGUCUGAUUAUAUUGGGAAGAAAUAUGUGAUUCUAUUUUUCUAUCCUUUGGAUUUUACAUUCGUAUGCCCAACUGAGAUCACUGCUUUCAGUGAUAGAUAUGCAGAUUUUGAGAAGCUAAACACUGAAAUACUGGGUGUUUCCAUUGACAGUGUAUUUUCGCAUCUUGCAUGGGUCCAAACAGAUAGGAAGUCAGGUGGACUUGGUGAUCUGAAGUAUCCAUUGAUUUCUGAUGUGACUAAAUCAAUUUCAAAAUCUUAUGGUGUACUGAUUCCAGACCAGGGAGUUGCAUUGAGAGGAUUAUUCAUCAUUGACAAGGAAGGAAUUAUUCAACACUCCACCAUUAAUAAUCUAGCCAUUGGCCGAAGUGUUGAUGAGACAAUGAGAACACUCCAGGCAUUACAAUAUGUCCAAGAGAACCCAGAUGAGGUAUGCCCAGCUGGGUGGAAGCCUGGAGAGAAAUCCAUGAAACCAGACCCCAAGCUCAGCAAAGAGUACUUUGCAGCAAUAUAAGGAAAAAAGGCGCUUCAUCAUAUCAUCUUAUGCCAUUCGGAGAGGUCCAGCAGAGUUUUGUAUUCGUGUUAAGAGUAGACUAGAGGUCUGGAAAAAAAUGCAAGGGACAUUCCCCUCAUUCAGAGCACAUUCUUUUGUUUCUCUUCUAUUAUUUCAGUGCCAAUCUCAUUACUUUCAUGCGCCAAGGAAAAACAACAAAAAAGUUUAAGGUUUCAUCUAUUAUUACAGUAGUAACAGUACUGCACCAUUCAGAGCACAUUCUUUUGCUUCUCUUAUA